CGAAAAAGUUUCGUUAAAUAGGGUUCAAUGGAAAAAACGAAACUUCCGUCCUUUUUCACGUAAAACGUCAAGCAACAUGCAGCAAAAGCGCAGGGAACCUAUUCAUGCUGUGCAAGUUUUCGGACGCAAGAAAACUGCCACCGCCGUUGCUUAUUGCAAACGUGGUCGGGGACUUUUACGCGUAAAUGGACGUCCAUUGGAGCAAAUUGAACCCAAAGUAUUGCAAUACAAAUUGCAAGAACCAUUGUUGUUGCUCGGCAGGGAAAAAUUUGCCGGUGUAGACAUCCGCGUACGUGUUAGUGGUGGUGGUCAUGUAGCACAAAUCUACGCUAUCCGUCAAGCUAUUUCAAAGGCUUUGAUUGCAUUUUAUCAAAAAUUUGUUGAUGAAGCCUCCAAAAAAGAAAUUAAGGAUAUUUUAAUUCAAUAUGACAGAACUCUCUUGGUAGGAGAUCCACGUCGUUGUGAACCCAAGAAGUUCGGCGGUCCAGGUGCCCGUGCACGCUACCAGAAAUCAUAUCGUUAAUAUUUUAACGUUGUUUGGGUUUCUUCGCUGCGAUUCCAUGGGAUGUUUAGUUUUUUGUAUAAUGAUUGCGCUUCAAUAUUAAAAGCAUAACAAUAAAAAUCUUAAAAAUAAAAA